AUGUCAAGUUCACCAUACACAUUUUCUGACUCUGAAACAAUUGAUAAUACUAAUUCCACGAUAAGUGAGAAUGGUGAUUUUGCCUAUUGUAAAAUUUGUGAAUCAAAUUUUGCCAACACAAAUAAAAGAGCUUAUGGCUAUAGUCAGAAAGGUGGGAAUACAACUAAUCUCAUAGCACACUUAAGAGAUAAAAAUAAUAUAACUAAAGAUAAUUAUUCAGAAUAUCUGGAUGAACACGAAGAGCCAAUUACUGAACUCGCAAAUCAUCUUUCAACAACAUGUUCUCCUAAACGACAAGAAUUAAUCACCAGAAAAGUUACUGCUUUUAUUAUCAAAAAUGUUUAA